AUGAUGUAUUCGAAGAAGCUCCCCCCAACGGGGGCGGAGCCGGAGGCGGAGGCGGAGCCGGUGACGGAGGAGCAGGUGAGAACCUGGGAUGUCACCACCAGCAACUGCACGGCCAACCCGAACUUCACCCAGAUAGACUGGUUCAAGGGGCUGGAGCCCAACUUCCAGCAGUUCCUGCUGUACCGGCACUGCCGGUAUUUCCCCAUGCUGAUCAACCACCCGGAGAAGUGCAGCGGGGCCGUCGACCUGCUCAUCGUGGUCAAGUCCAUCAUCACGCAGCACGACCGGCGCGAAGCCAUCCGGAGGACCUGGGGUGAGGAGAAGGAGAUGGGGGGCAAGAAGAUCAAGACGCUGUUCUUGUUGGGCACGGCCGCCAAGGAGGAGGAGAGGGCCAACUACCAGAAGCUGCUGGAUUACGAGAACUUCAUCUACGGGGACAUCCUGCAGUGGGAUUUCCUGGACAGCUUCUUCAACCUCACCCUCAAGGAGGUGCACUUCUUGAAGUGGCUCAACAUCUACUGCGACAACGUCCGCUACGUCUUCAAGGGGGACGACGACGUCUUCGUCAGCCCCCGCAACAUCCUGGAGUUCUUGAAGGACCAGAAGCAGGAAGACCUCUUAGUCGGGGACGUCCUGUACAAGGCCAGGCCCAUCCGCAAGAAAGAGAACAAGUACUACAUCCCCAGCGCCCUCUACAACAAGAGCACCUACCCUCCCUACGUGGGCGGCGGGGGCUUCCUCAUGGACGGACCCCUGGCCAAGAAACUGCACAAGGCCUCCGAGACCUUGGAGCUGUACCCCAUCGACGACGUCUUCCUGGGGAUGUGCCUGGAAGUCGUCAAGGUGAGGCCGGUGGGACACGAGGGCUUCAAGACAUUCGGCAUCGUGAAGAACAAGAACAGCAAGAUGAACAAGGAGCCCUGCUUCUUCCGCAGCAUGCUGGUGGUUCAUAAACUGCUGCCCCCCGAGCUGCUCCAAAUGUGGAGCCUUGUCCACAGUAACUUAACCUGCUCCAGAAAACUCAACAUCCUUUAGCUCGGCCGCCUCGGGGAGCUGGGCGCGCCGGGCCUGGAAGGGGUGCAGGGCAAGCGCGGAGACUCAGACAAGGCCGACCAGCUCUGCCACAGCCUUGCCUUCCACAGACAGAGGGACAGAGAUCAUGGGGAGGGGGAAGGGGAGGUUUUGUAAGGAUGAUUUAUUGUUAAUUUGUACUGUAUUGAGUUUAUUUUAUCUCCAGCUGGGUUGGGGGUUGCUGAAUAAGUAUAAGGAGAAUGAAGGAAAAACCGGACAAAGAAGGAGGGAGGGAGAGGGAAGGGUCCAUGUGGGGAGGUCUGCUCCGGCUGCUGCAUCGGCCCGCGCCAGGAAGGGAACGAGACCCAGCGCUGGGUGCAGGACUGAGCUCUGUGGGGUGAGAAGGGAUGAAAUCUGGAGUCAAUCGGCGCGUGGUGGAAGCGCUUUGAAGCCCUCCUUCCAAACCGGUGGGAGUUGCGCAUCCUCCACCUCCCCAUGCACUUUGUCAUCUGCUUCGUCUCCACUGUCUGCAGGGUUCUCCAGGCAGCCCGCCUGCCGGGGCUGGCGGUGGUCUCCAGCCCCGCUGCCCUGCCUUGGUUUGCUCUCUCCCGACCCGUGCGGCAGUGGUGCGUUGUCCCCAGAGGCACGGCAGGCCUGUGUGAGAGCCACGCAGGUGGUGCCCACAUGUGUGUCACCGCUGCCAGCUGAGGGUGACCAGAGCCCCGUGGGCAGGGGUUGGCAGAAGGGUCUCGGUGCAGGAAGGUGGAGGGGUGCGAGGGUCUGGAAAGCCCAGACACUUCCAGGAAAAAAGCCCAAGGGUUUCCAUGCCUGGUCUGAAAAAAAUUGGGCAUCUGGGGCAUUUUCCCAGCCACGGGACCUCUCUAACCACAAGGCAGUCUGCAGCCUUCGUGGCCAGCUGCACCUGGGAGCAACAGUCUGGCCCGGUGCUGUUGACCUCCUUAAUGGUGGGGUGGAGGGUGCUGAGCUCCUGACACCCUACACAGUCCAGUCUUUAUGGGGCACAGCAGUUGCACGGGGGUGACACCGGGGUUUGUGUGGAUGCGUGGGCACCGUGGCCUGAGCUGUCAGGGCCGGAGCAGCCCUGAGAUGUGCAGCUGAGUAGGAGCCAGGCAGCUUUCAGUCCCUCGAGCCUUGUUCCCAGCAUCAUACCCAGGCAGCUAGUGCUCCAGGGCGGACCUGAGAGUGCCCACGUGAAGAGGAUGCCACGGGGGCUCAGGGCCGGCGUCUGCAUUGCAGCAGUGAGUGAAUCGCCCUCCACCCCACUUCCCUGCUCCCACACGCAUUGCACGUGGGCUGUCACUCAUGCACCAGACUGCCCCUGGCACACGUGGGUAGGCAACCAUGCCUCUGCCCAGUCCUGCAGCGGUCUGCCCACUAGCCUACACCUGCAGACUGUGCAAAGCUACACACGUGUGCAGAGAGUCACACGCCCAGACCUGCGGGCGUGUUUGGAUGCAGCCGAUGGUGGAAGCCGAGAAGCGUGUUGGCGUGUCCUCACCCCCAGCCCGGCUGCACCACACGUUGCGGUACACUGAGGCAGACGCUGCAAUGCACACGCAGCCCCAGGCGUGCCUGCAGCCGCACACAUGCCCAGAGCAAUGACAUGCAUGCUUGCACUCUCUCUCCCUGGUGCCAGGCAGUGAAAGGAAAGUAUUUUGACUACCUCAAAGGUCCCCCCUGUGCAGCGCCUUUUUAUUGACUCUUGGAAACGUGCCCAUUUCAUUUAUUCCCUGUCUGUACGGCCCCAGGUUAGAAAACAAACAAGAAAGGGGGAAAACCUGCCAGCAAGGCCAGCCAUGCCAGGCGCACCACAUAGCCUUGGCUCAGAUGAGCUGCGACGUUGCAAAGCGGGGCCGAAGCCCCAUCCACACUCCUCGGGAAGCCUCAGCGCUGCGAAGUGCUGGACUCCAGACCGGCAAGGCUCUGGGCCGGGGUAUUGCACAUGUACAGCUUCGUUACUGUGAACUUUUAUUUACGAUAAUGAUUUGGACUUGGCCGGGGCGGGGGGAGGAACCGGACGGAUGUGCUCCUCCAAGAAACUUCAGUGAACGUUCAUGUUGUCUGCGCCCAGCCAGGCCCGUCUUGUGCCUCUCACGGCACCUGCAGGUGCAAAGCAGGGACCAGGGCAGAAGCUGACGUGUGUGCACGUGGGUGUGUGUGCGUGUGUGUGCACGUGUCUCAUUGCAGAAUCCAGAGGCGGCAGCCAGUGCUAAUAUUUAUGAACACACACCCGCGUGCACACGCACCCAUGCACACACACACACACACACAUGCUAUAAAUCUGUGUUUGUAAUUUAUCUAUGGGUGCAGUAUAUAUGUAUGUAUAUUUAUAGUAUAUACUGUAGGUGGUUUUAUGCAAUGUGUGUGUGUGUGUGUGUGUGUGUGUAUGGAUGGACACUAAUACCUGUGCACAUAAACCUCCCGCUGGUUCUUUUCACCUGGUGAGCGCUGGACAGAAAGCGCCAGUAGAUUUGAUGAAUAUUUUAGUUUCUCA